AUGCAAGCUGUCAUAUUUAAAGGUGUACGAAAAAUUGCUGUCGAAAAUCGUCCCAUUCCAACUUGUCAUAAUUCAACGGAUGUGGUCAUCAAAGUACACGUAACUGCCUUAUGUGGCUCGGAUUUGCACAUCUAUCGCGGACAUGAAUCUAGUGAAACAGACAUCAUCAUGGGUCAUGAAUUUGUUGGAGAAAUCAUUGAUGUCGGGCCGGAUGCACUUACUUCGCGAUGUGAAAAAUCCCAAGUAUUUGGAACACAUUUGCUGGAUGGUGGUCAAGCAGAAUAUGUACGAAUUCCUUUUGCUGAUACUACUGGAUUUUUGGUUCCAAAGGAAAUCCCUGAUGACCUUGCGUUUCUUAUGGCUGAUAUAUUUCCUACUGGCUAUUUUGCUGCGAAGAAUGCGUGGACAUUGCUUAGCGACCCAGAACGUCAAGAUCCAAAUCUAAUUGUCGUUGUCAUCGGGUGUGGACCUGUCGGUUUGUGUGCUAUCACUGCGGCUUGCGAGCGAUUUCCAAUCGUAUAUGCAAUAGAUAGUGUUGAAGAACGUCUCGAAGAAGCCAAGAAACAUGGUGCUAUUCCUAUCAAUCUCAAUAAUGAUCCUGUAAGUGCAAUCAAGAAGGUAACCGAAGGUCGAGGAGCAGAUGCUAUUUUGGAAGUGGUCGGGCAUGCUGAUGCUUUGCAAUUGGCCUACGAUCUUAUUCGUCCGUGGGGUGUUAUCGCAUCUGUUGGUGUGCAGCAAGAUGCUUUUCCGUUCAAUGGACCUCAAGCUUAUGACAAAAAUGUACGCAUGCAAUUUGGGCGAUGUCCAGUUCGAGCUUUGUUUCCCGAAGCGCUACGACUUUUUUCAGAAAAGCAAGAUCAAUUCAAAACUUUUGUAUCUCAUCGUAUGAGUUUGUCGGACGCUGCCAAAGCUUACGAAUUGUUUGACAAGCGAUUAGCGCGAAAAGUUAUUUUUGAUUUACGAACAUAA